AUGAAUACCUACCAGAUGUCCCAUCACGACAUCUUGGGCACUGCGGGAGCAUCAGCACAAAACCCUGGCAAUCCAACAUCGUCACCUUUUAAUAUGCUACUUCAACAACAUUCUUCGUUGCAAACUCCUCCAGGGGUCCCAAUCUCCUCGAUCAGCACUAGCUCCAAUCACAAUUCUAAUAAUAAUGCCAAUAAUGCUAACAACAAUGAUACCAACAGCAAUAACACCAACAACAUUCUCAGAAACAACGCCAAUGCUAACAGUAAUAACAAUAAUAGUAAUAAUAACCAUCCUCCAGGAGUGCAACUCAUAAACGCAAACACCAUUAGUCCUCAAUUGGAUGAAAGCUUGGUGAACUCUGAGCAUUGGCAACAACAAUUGACGUUGGUGGCGAUCUCCAGAAGAGUGAACCAUCCACACGCUUACGCCAAAGCAUUUGCCAAGAAUUUGAAACUCGGACAAAAGAAGAACAAUAGUAAUUCCAAUCCCUUGAAGCCAGAACUCGAUGGUAAUUCAUUGGUGGAUGUCACUACUGAUCUCUUGCAGCAUCAACACGAUAAGGAUAAACACUCCCAGCCGGCUCUCAGAAACCGUAUUCAAAACGAUGAGAAAUUGGACUUACAAUUGAACGACGAGAAAUUGUUGAAAGACCAAGAAACUAAUCGGAAAACCAAAUUCUUGGAAAUCGAGCCUUCAAAACAGUACUGGCUGUCACUUGAUUUUUCCGGCCAAGGGAUUUGCAAUAUUUCUACAAAAUUGUUUGGUCGUUAUGAAUUUUUGACAAAAUUAUACCUUAACAAUAAUAACUUGAAGGUCAUUCCUAAAGAAAUCAAAAAAUUGAGAUUCCUCCGAGUCUUGGACGUGUCCAAUAAUAAGAUCACCGAGUUACCAAAGGAAAUGAAUCAAUUAUUUUGUUUGAAAUACCUUUACUUGUUCGAUAAUAGAAUCCAAGACGUUCCGUACGAAUUUGGGAACCUUAGCGAAUUGAUAUUCUUGGGGAUCGAAGGUAAUCCUUUCAAUCUUGCCCACGCGAAAAUUGUUGCGGAAAAAGGGUGCAAAGAAUUUAUCAAAUACAUUAGAGAUAACAACCCAGCAAGAAAGACCAAUAUCUUGGAAGAUAACCAUGCCAUUAGAAAAUGGGUGGCCAUCAACAAUGAUGGGGAAUCUCAAGAACAUGACCAGAUCACAUUGUCCAACGAUAAAUCGUCAUUCACCAUUUUGUCCUACAAUACCCUUUGUCAACAUUAUGCCACCACCAAAUUAUAUGGCUACACCCCAUCUUGGGCCUUGAACUGGGAUUAUCGUAAACGCAAGAUCUUAAACGAGGUUAUCAAAUCUAAUUGUGACAUCGUUUGUUUACAAGAAGUGGAAACCGCCUAUUUUGAAGACACUUGGAUGGCUCUUAUGAAAGAACAUGGUUAUAGAGGGAUUUUCCACAAUAAAGGUAGAGCAAGAAGAGGCGGCACCGAUAGCAAAAAAGUUGACGGGUGUGCAGUUUUCUACAAGCAUGCCAAGUUUUCUCUUGUUGAUAAAGUGUUUGUGGAAUACUCUUCUGUUUUACUUGGUAGCGAAAGAUUCAAGAAGACCGAGGACGUGUUUAAUAGAUUUACUAAUAAGGAUAAUAUUGCGAUCAUUUCAUAUUUGGAACAUGUGGAGACUAAAAAGAGAGUCAUUGUUGUCAAUACCCAUUUACACUGGGAUCCAGCAUUUAAUGAUGUGAAAACCCUUCAAGUUGCAGUGUUGUUGGAAGAAUUACAGACUCUUUGUAAAAAAUACUCCAAAUCGAAUAACUUCAAAGAUGCGCUUUCUGUGCCGAUCCUCAUUUGCGGGGAUUUCAACUCGCAAAUCCAUAGUGCGGUGUAUCAACUAUUGUCGAAUGGUACCUGUGUGGACCAUCCUGAUUUCCGUGGUGUGGAUUAUGGGAAGUUUACCGAUGAAGGGUUUAAUCAUCCAUUCCAAUUCAAGUCGGCCUAUAGUAAUAUGGGAGAAUUGCCAUUUACCAACUUCACUCCAACUUUCACCGAAGUCAUUGAUUACAUUUGGUAUAACUCACAAAGCGUGGAUGUCAAGGGGAUGUUGGGUAAAAUCCCAAGCGAUUAUUUGGAAGAUUUAAUUGGGUUCCCAGAUCAAAACUUCCCAUCGGAUCAUGUGUCAUUGAUGUGUGAAAUGAAGUUCAAGAAUGUCGAAGAAGGAAGUGGCGGAGGCAAAAAUAGAUCAAGAAAAAUUUGA